CCAACCACAGUCGCACGCAGCGAGGCGCGCACUGCCCAGCGCUCUUCCCGCGCCGCCGCUCCAGCGGACCCGCCAGCCCGCGCGCCGGCUGUGCGCCCUCUGUGCUCGCCCGCCGGCCCCACAGACAAACAGCCCGACCCCACCCCGACCCAGCCCGCCCGCCCUCCGGACCCUGGGCGCCCCGAGUGGAGCCAGGAGCAAAAUGAUGCUUCAACACCCAGGCCAGGUCUCUGCCUCGGAAGUCAGUGCCUCUGCCAUCGUCCCCUGCCUGUCCCCUCCUGGGUCACUGGUGUUUGAGGAUUUUGCUAACCUGACACCCUUUGUCAAGGAAGAGCUGAGGUUCGCCAUCCAGAGCAAGCACCUCUGCCACCGGAUGUCCUCGGCGCUGGAGUCAGUCACCAUCAGCGGCAGACCCCUCGAGAUGUCGGUCACCAAAGCCGAGGUAGCCCCUGAAGAAGAUGAAAGGAAAAAGAGGCGACGGGAAAGAAAUAAGAUUGCAGCUGCCAAGUGCCGAAACAAGAAGAAGGAGAAGACAGAGUGCCUGCAGAAAGAGUCAGAGAAGCUGGAGAGCGUGAAUGCCGAACUGAAGGCCCAAAUUGAGGAGCUCAAGAAUGAGAAGCAGCAUUUGAUAUACAUGCUCAACCUGCACCGGCCCACAUGCAUUGUCCGGGCUCAGAACGGGAGGACUCCAGAAGAUGAGAGAAACCUUUUUAUCCAGCAGAUAAAAGAGGGAACACUGCAGAGCUAAGCAGCCGUGGUAUGGGGCAACUGCGGAGUCCUCAUCGAAUCCUCCUUUUACAUCCGAAACCCUGAAGCCAUUGGAGAUCUGACUUCCUGUGCACCUCUUGAAUCCCAGCAGCAAAGAACCAUCAAGGCGGGAGGGCCCUCGGUGACUCAGCCGGGCCUUUCCACUCUACCCCAGAGUGGACUUUGGACCAGGGCAACAAGGGCAUCUUUUUCCUCAACUCCAGAAUUUAGGCCUUAACAUCUUGGCCAUCCUUGGAUUCUCCAGAUGGCCCCUGGUUAGGGUCCUGCCUGCCUUUCAUCUGGAUUCUGCAAAAACCAGGCCUCCCACCAUUAGGAUUCAUGCAGAAGAAGCAUCUGUACCUCGGGUGGGUGGGGUGGGGCCACCUCCUCUGCUGCCGCUGCCACUGUCACUUGUAGGGGACGUGGAGUGAGAAUGGCAUUUUGUGAAGUUGUGCGAUGGCCAGGGUUGUGCUUUCUAGCAAAUAUGCUGUUCUGUACAGGAAUUACCGUGUGCAAGGCGUUCGUUUCAAAACUAGGCGUUGUGCUCUUCUGAUGUUUGCGCAGUACACCACCACUGUGACUUUCUCGUGACUUUCCUCAGAUCUGGUUUCUGAGAAUUUGGGGGGGCUAUCAGCACGUGCAGUGUCUUGCAAAGUAUUCAGGUGGCCAGAGGAGCUUGUCAGCCCCGGGAGAACAGAAUUGUGCCAGCCUGGACUGAGUGCAGUUUUGUGCCAACAGAGAAGGCCUCUUCCCCUUGGCACCCAAGCAUUAACGCAGGUCCUCUGUUGCAAACUCAGUUAUAAUGUCAUAGGAAGAAAGCAGAAACAGAGUCCAGCUUCCAAAGGGUUAGGAUUCUCUGCUCAGUGACUUAGGUCAGGAAUUUUUUCUAGGCCGGAAGAGCCAAAGAAUAUUCCAUUUUCCUUUUCUUGCGGUUGAAAACCACAAUCAGCGGAGACGCGUUUGAAGCCAGGUGAUGCCUAGGCUUUAGCAUUAUUAGAUGUUAACGGCAUUGUUUCUGUCAUGCAGUUGUUUGUAGAAAUCGGGCCCAGAGCAUUUAUAGCUGUGAGACAGUCACUCACACUGGCCACGAGGACUCUGGCUACUGUCUGUUUAAAUUCUGACGUUUCUGUGAAAUCCUCAGAGUGUUUAAUCCUACUCAGUAGUAUCAUUACAAUUUUCUGUAAAAGAAGAUAUUACUUAUUUAUCCUAGUAUUCCUAACCUGUCAAUAUAAUAAAUAUUGGAACCAAGACAUGGUGAACUUAAGUGCUGUGCUGGUUUGUGUUCUUUUAAAUUGGUUGUUUGUUGAGAUCUAACCAUUCCCCUCCCCUCUCCUUUGGAGACGGUGGUGUAGGGGGUGGUCUCGAGCUUUAAAUAUUCUUUAGGUGUUGUUCUUUGUUCUCUGGGGUGCCACUAGGUGGGAUUUUUGACUUUCAAUCCUGUUCCUCAGUCUGUGGUUUCUGACGCUCAAUUUCUCAUUGACAAACCCUAGGGCACAGCAGCAAGCAUAUCUUUUAGAUUGUCUGGUAUUAAGAUAGAAUUUUGGGGGCUUCCCUGGUGGUGCAGUGGUUAAAAAUCCGCCUGCCAACGCAGGGGACACGGGUUCAAUCCCUGGUCCAGGAAGAUCCCACAUGCCGCGGAACAACUAAGCCUGUGCGCCACAACUACUGAGCCUGCGCUCUAGAGCCUGAGAGCCACAACUACUGAAGCCCAUGUGCCUAGAGCCCGUGCUCCACAACAAGAGAAGCCACUGCAAUGAGAAGCCCGCGCACCACAAUGAAGAGUAGCCCCCGCUCGCCGCAACUAGAGAAAGCCUGUGCAGAGCAACAAAGACCCAACACAGCCAAAAAUAAAAUAAAAUAAAUUUAUUAAAAAAAGAUAGAAUUUUGAUAUAAAAUCUGAAUACCUCAACUACCAGUUUCUCUGAAUAUACAAAAGCCUAAAAUGUACACCUGUUGCUCAACUUGAACCUUACAAUCUGUCACAGAACUCCUCGUGUUCACUUGAAUUACAUCUCUUAUAACAUCCAA